AUGACGUCGACGGACACGUACCAGUUGAAAUGGCACUCGCACAGUUCGCAUAUGAACGGCUCCGUUGCGGCUUUGCUGCGAUCGGAGCGGUUCACGGACGUAGUGCUGUGCACCAUGGACGGGUCGCAAAUACCCGCGCACAAGUUCAUCCUGAGCUCGUGCAGCGUGUAUUUGAGCAAUUUAUUCGAAGGCCAGCGUUCCGUAAUGCGUAUGGGAGGGAUGCUCUACGUGGUUCUGCCACCAGAUAUAUCUACGAAGGCGCUAAAGAUUCUUGUCGAAUAUAUGUAUAAAGGAGAAACAACAGUUUCAAAUGAAGUCCUAGAUACGGUCCUGAAAGCCGGUGAGGUGUUGAAAAUCCGUGGUCUUUGGCGUCAGACAGAUGAGGCAGGAGGGGAUUCGACACCAGCUGAAAAGACAACUGCCAACCCAACAGUAAUGGUUAACAAACAACCUCAAAAGAAAACUGAAGAACAGCCCAAGAUCAAUGUAAAGAAAGAUGACAAACUACUUAAGACUUUUGCUCCUAUGCAGACUGCACAAGGAGUCACUAGGCCAAUGUUCAUCGGUCCACCAAAACUAGUCUUCAUUAAAACGACAGAGGCUGGUCCUCAAGGGAGCUUGCGUCCAGGAGCACCCAAAAUACUCGUAGCACAAGCACCAGCUGAAGGUUUGGCAGCUACGGUUGGUACCCCUACUGCUCCAGUAGCACCUGCAAGCACCACUACUGAUGAAUCAUCAAAUGAUACCCCAACGCUUCCUAGAAUACUUAGGAGACAUGCUGUUGAAAAAAAGUAUGGCAAACGACAGAAGACUGCUGAGACUGAGAACGAUGAAGCUAAGGACUCUGAUAAUGCUUCGGAAACUUCUAAAAAAUCAGCACAGAGCAACAAUACAACUGAAGUACAGAUCAAAGAUGAACCCGAGUGGGACGCAUCAAGCAUCGAAGAGGAAGAACGCUCUAUCGCAGAGAUGUUUCAAGCCGAGAUGAGCGUCAAAUCCGAGCCAGUUGACGAAGUUGAAAUUGAGGAGGAGGGCUUGAUAUACAGCCCCCUAGCGUGCGAGCUCUGUGCCGAGGUAUUCACAGUACCAGCAGCAUGGGUGCGACACGUACAAGGGCAUGGCAUUGACCAACAUCACACGAGGAAACGGAAAAAUCGAUCGGCUAGCGAUGAUACAGAAGACACAAUGGCUUUGUUACGCUGUGACCUCUGCCAGAAACACUUCCCAAACCCUGCUGAGUGGGUUCGUCAUAUUAAGAGCACUCACACCGAAAUAGAAUUGGCCAUAUCAAACAACAGUCAGCUACCAAAACGCCACAAUCGUUUCACAGAGGGCGUGCAAAACAAGACUUGUUCGCACUGCAAGAAGAUAUUCCCAUCGCAUGCGUCUAUGCUCAUUCAUAUGCGAACUCAUACAGGCGAACGCCCAUUCGUAUGCGGAUUAUGCAACAAAGGUUUCAACGUGAAGUCAAACUUGUUGCGGCAUUUGCGAACCCUUCACGACCAGAUCAUGAGCCCCGAACAGGUCGAGACCGAAGGGGGGGAUGAUGAGGCGACGGAGGAGGAGGCGGGUCCGUCAGAGGUUUAUGUUAAUAAACGGUGAUAAGAGAGACCGCGAAUACCUUAAAAAAUAAAAGUGUAAGAAACAAGCGCAAGUGAAAUUUCACAGGGCAACUCUACUUACAAUAAGUAAACGAAUUUAAUGAAAAUAUUCUUUAUUACACACUAAACUGCACACAUCAAAAGUGUCUAGGGAUCAAG